UGCGUUUUUCACAAUAUAGCGUCAAUUUUAAUGACGUGAUCUAUUUGACGCUAAAAAUGAGCGUCGUAUGUCAGCGUGAAAAGGCACCUUUAUUGCUAUUUUCAUUCAAAUAUCAGCGGGAGUUGCCAAAAAAUGGCGAAAAAAUAAAAAAAACCCGUCCAUUCGAAAAUGCUAUCUGAUUGAUCGAUCAAACUUCAAAACGCUUUAAAAUUUUUGUAAUGUCAAAUGAAAUGCAUCAAUUGAUUGUGGUGCGCACGUGCAUCGUUGCUUAGCAACCGUUUGACAUUACAUUGAAUAGGAUCACCGCGAGUAUCAUAUAUGAUAUACAUGUUGGGCAUGAUUAAAGAAAAACAGUCUCAUAAUGACGGACGAAGUGCGACCCGAAGUGAUAAAAAAAACACAAGAUCUGCUCGGAAAAUAUUUCAAGAAGCCACCGUUAACUGAGAAAUUGCUCCGAAAACCACCAUUUCGCUUUCUUCAUGAUAUUAUAACGGCUGUUAUUAAAGAGACAGGUUUCUUGGAGGGAUUGUUCACUGAUGAGGAGUUAAAUUCGGAUAACAUAAAAGAUAAAGAAGCAAAGCUUGCCUUUUUGACAAAACUCAUUGAUGUUGUCAAAUUAAUUUCGGGUGCUAAUUUAACGGUCAGAGCAAGUAAGAUAAUUUCUGGUCAAGAGCCGACAAAGACAAAUGAAUUGCUGCAAGCUAUUGGAAAAUCCCUUGAUAAAAAAGUCAGUAGUACAGAAGCGAUCGAGCAUUAUAAAAAAAGUUUGCAGAAGAAAACAAAAACUGAAUCAAAAUCAAAAUCUACAAUUAAAGAGGAAACUUCAAAAAAGCCCGCUCCAAGGCAGGCAUCGCAAACGAGAAAAUCAUCAGAGAAAGAUAAAGUCUCGGAGCGAAAAAAAAGAUCGUCUAGCACAGGGAAAGUAGUAUCGAGCGAAGCAAAAAACAUCGAUGAUAAGCCCAAUGAGAAAGGAAGAAAAGAGAAUAACAAAAAGGAAAUAUUGAAAAAUGUUGAAGCCAUAGAUAUCCCACCGGCUGAGCCAAUCGAAGAUAAAGUUCCUAUUUCGGCGCAAAAAAGAAGACCUUCUUCAUCUGCUAAAGUGAAGCAGAAUUCUAUAAUCUCAGCGACUGAAUCAACGAAAGAAGAACAAGUACAACAUCGAAUUUCUUCAAGUAAAAUAAGGCCCUCAGUGCAAGUAAGUGGCUCCCAGGAGAAGAUAGCGAAUAUACCCUCAGAGACAUCUCUUCAUAAUGAAGAACAAAAUAAAUUAGAAACGAGCAAUUAUAACAAAGAAACUAAGAAAAAUGGAAUAUCAGAAGAAACUAAAGAACGGCAACAGAGCGCUGGGAAGAGCGAGCAAAUGCCAAUGUCAGAACUUGACUUCCAAAAUCAAACAUCUACUGAAACGACUGUUUUACAACAAUCCAAUGCAAGACCUAAAACCUCCUUAAGACCACCUAGUGCUAGACCUAUCAGUGCUAGGCCGGCAGCUCCCAGGAUGAGAGCAAAGACAGAUUUCAUUGUCAAUGAGGAGAUACAGACACCAGUGGGAAAUAUCAGUGUUAUUGUAGAGAAUGCUGAUUUGAAGGAUGAUGAUGAUGCUGAAGAUAUGGUAGUCAUGGAAACUAAGGGAAGCAGUGGCGACAAUUUAGAAAAUGGAGAUUACAAGAUAGAUAAUCACCUGAUGCAAGAGCAUGGGCAUCUAGUGGCACAAAUUUUAGAGACCCAAAGGGAAUUGGUCAAUACUGACAAUGUCGAUGUAUUACCGAAGAAAGUGGACAUUGCAUGGGAAUCUGGUUCGAAGCGCGAUCGAGAAGCAACAACUAAAGAAAUUGACAAAUUACGUGGAACUAUACAGACACUGACGCGUGCGACGAAUCCUCUAGGGAAAUUAUUAGAUUAUGUACAGGAAGAUGUAGAAAUGAUGCAGAAAGAAUUAUUGGACUGGAGAAGCCAGUAUCAUCAGUUAAAUGAACAAUUGGAAAAAGAAGAAAAAGAAACAAAAGAGAUGAUAGAGCCUAUGAAAGAAAUAUUGAAAGAAAUUGAUGACAACAUAAAAAUUCAAUUGGACAAAAUACGUCAAGUAAAGGCACAAAUCAUGAAAAAUGAUCAAAAAAUACAUCGAUUACUUAAUGGUAAUUUAUAA